AAUUUCAGCUCAAAUGUUACACAUCAGACCAGUUUUCGAGCGCGCCAAACGCCGGAAAAACUUUCGAGGCGAUCAUGCGACCGUGUUUUUGCGCUGCCGACAUUGACUUAGUCAAGAUGUUCUUCUGGUUCUUCCUGGCGCUGGUCGUUGCGGGCCCAGCGGCCCUGGGAAGCACUGUGCGGGUCUCCACGGGCGCGGAGCUCCUUGUUGCCUUGGAUUCUAAAGACCAAACAACAGAUGUAAUCGAGCUGCCGGCGCGUGUGACCGUCACAGCGCAAGAUUGGCCCCAUGAAAAGGUUGUGAGCUUGUCUCGCAACGUGCAAAUCAGACCGGCGCCUGAGGUUCUGGCGCUGGGAAUGAAGGCGGUGCUUGAUUUGACCAUGCUGCCCAACCGCCUUCGCAUUCUGCCUGGAGUGGAGCUCUCGCUGGUAAACCUCACGUUGCGCAACGUCCACAUGCCCCUGGGCAAGACCGCGCAGUUCUUUUCCUACAGCCCCGGCGGCCGACUGGUCUUCCACGACACCACCUCCUCACGCACCGUGGGGCUGGACGUCGCCACCGCCGCCGCCUACUCGCGCACGCUGCCGCGGCCCGCCUCGGACCCCGGCAACCAGAGCGGCAUCGUGUACAGCCCGGGCCGCUACUGCUUCACGCUGGACGCCUCCGCGGUGCCGGUCGCGCCGCCCGGCUUCCAGCCCUACAACACCACCACAGCGCCGGCGGCGACUGGCAGCACGGGGCUGCGGCCGGCGACCGUGUGCGUGAAUCGGGUGGUGUUCAUGAGCGUCCAUGUGGUGGCUGACGUGGGCGUGGACAACAGCGCGGAGACGGUGGGCGUGCUGUACGGCGGCUACGUGCAGGCCGCCAUCAACCACGCGUACUGGACGGAGACGGACCCCGACCCAGCCUGCAUCACUGGCAAACCCAUCGCCGUGUGCGUGUCGGAGCGGGCGGCGCAGCUGGAGGCGGCGGCAUUGGCAGCCCAGGCGGCGGCCGAGUCGGGCGACAGCAGCGGACUGAGUGAGACGGACAAGAUGAUUGUUGGCGUGGUGGUGGGCGUGGGCGGAGCGCUCAUCCUGGCGGCAGUCGUCGUCGGCGCAUUGGUGUACAGGCGGCGGCGCCGUGACCGCCGCGAGAGGGCCAGCGGCAAGGGCGGCGGCGCCGCUUCCUCCCGGACCUCCUGGCGCGGCGACGUGGAGAGCGCCGGCAACGGAAACGAGGACGGCAAACUCGCCAACACCAGCACCCACACCGCCGCCGGCACAGGCGGCCGCUGCUCCGGCAGCAGCAGCAAUGGCACACGCGGCAACGGCAGCAGCGGCGAUGCAGCCGCAGUCGCCGAUGUUGCUGCCGCCGACAAUGGCGUUGUGGUGGCGGGAGCUGGCGGCGCGGCGGCGUCAGGGGCUGAGAGUGGCGCGGCGGAGCUGCUGUUUCACGGGCUGGGCGAUGAGCAGGUGGCUGAGUGGCAGACGAUUCGAAUCCCGCAAUCGGCGGACCCACAGACGUUGCCGACGACCGGGAGCGUCAUCGCCAACCCCGCGGCCGGCGGCGCUGCCGCAAACACGGCCUCAACUGCUGCCUCCACGCGGUUUACCACCGGCGGUUUGUCAGCGGGUGUUCCUCCGCAAAACGGAGCGCAGUCGCCGGUUGCAGCAACUGCUGCGUCGGCCGACGCAGCUGUCAUGCGGAUGCCCGAGACCGUCAUUACGCUCAUGGUGGGCGAGACCGCGCUGGCGGCGGCGCUGGUGGCGCUAGGCGGCGGACAGGAGCAGGAGCAGCAGGUGGGCGAGGAGGAGGGCGGUGCCGUUGCAGCGGGCCCCACAGCUGAUGACGAGGGCCGGCGCGAUGGCGACAAAGACAGGGUUCUCAAGCCACCAAAAGGCCAGCCGGCCUCGGAGAUUGAAAAUCAGCAGCAGCAGCCCGCUGAGCAAACGGAGCGUACCAAAUUCCUGGACGCCAACUCCACAAGCGGCCUCGCGGCGGCAGGUGUUGGAAGUGGCGGCGACACCACUGGUGGCCCGGCGCGGCAGCAGCAGAGCCAGCAGCCUCAGAACGGCGCGGCGAGCGCCGCACCUGCACAUCUUGUCCCAGCAGCCGGGGGUGAGUCCGCGGCGAUUGAAGGCACAGGCGCCGACAGACCUGCAGGCGGAGCCGCGGGACCAGGCUGGAACGCUGCAGCCAACGGCGGCGCGCCUGCUGCGCCGCUUCCGGGACCAGCGGGAUCGCUGGGCAGCAGCGGCAGUGAGGUGCAGCUGAUGAGCUCCUCCGGUGGCGACUGCACCACGGCCACCCACAGCACAAACCCCGCCGCCGCCAGCGCGGCGGCGGCCCAAGCAGCGGUGCGGCUGCGAGACUCGCUGGCCGCGGAACUGGAGGACAUGAAACAGCGCCACUCAUCGGUGAAGGACGUGCAGCUCAAGAUUACGGGGGUGCUGGGCACCGGAGCGCACGGGACCGUUUACCGCGGCGAGUGGCAGGGGCUGGCGUGUGCGGUCAAGGUGGUGGUCUUCAACGGCAACCACGAGAGCCGCAAGGCCGCGCUCCGCGAGGCGGCCCUGUGCACCUCCAUCAACCACCCCAACGUGGCCGCCACCUACCUGGUCGACCUGCAGCCGCUGGUGGCCAUGGGCGACGCAUCCGCAGCCGCAAGCAGCGGAGCAGCGGCUGGCGUGGCCGCGGCGCUGGGCAGUCAGGAGCCGACGCGGCUGCAGCAGCAGCAAUCGGCUGCACGCCUCAUGGACUUCCGGCUGUACAUCAUCCAGGAGUUCUGUGACGCGGGGCCGCUGCGCGCACUCAUUGCCGCGCGCGGCCUGCUGCAUCCACCCACCACGCCUGCCAACGCCGCCGACUCCAACAGCGGCGCGCCGAGGUCCCCGCGCGUGCGCCUGGCUGCUCUGUAUGAGCUGGCGCUGGGCAUCGCGCGCGCCCUGGCGCACCUGCACUCCAAGAGCAUCGUGCACUCGGACCUCACGCCCAACAACAUCCUGCUGAAGCGCGACCCCAGCGCGCAGUGCGGCCUGUCGGUCAAGGUGGCGGACUUCGGGCUGUCGGUCGUUGUGCCAGACAGCCGCACGCACCUGUCCAACCACCGCUGCGGGUCGCCUUUUUACAUUGCGCCGGAGGUCUACUCACAUGGCCAGGCCUGCACCGCGUCUGACAUCUUCUCUUUUGGCGUCGUGCUGUGGGAGCUGUACACAAACACCAGUGCGGGCCAGCGCGAUCUCGCCACCAGCCGCUUGCAGUACGACUCGGCCUUCCCGGAGCUGCCACCCACCUGCCCGGCGGGGCUGCGCUGGCUGGUGCAGGCGUGCCUUCAGAAGGAGGUGGCGCACAGGCCCAACGCGGGUCGGGUCAUUGCGGCACUGGUGCAGUUGCAGUCAGAGUGCGUGCAGCAGUGAGGGCGCAGAGGGUCGUGGUUGACCGCAGCAUCAGACAGUAUGUUUCACGGGAUGGACUGUUGUGCAAAUUCAGCACGAAAUGUUUUGUAAACGAGAUAGCCAGGCGACUGUGCCCACGGUCUGGUACUGCAGCUGUACGAACACUGCGUGCGGGACGAGUAAUGUGCUGUCAUUACGGGCAUGUGUGGACCCGAGAUGAACUCGGGACCAAAGUGCCCUAUCCACAUGACUGGCCUCUGCUGUUGCGGCAAGGCCACGACGAUAUCAUGCUUCCAGCGUUGCCGCCGCCUUCCCUCCCCAUUUUCUGGGGAAGCAGGCGUGCUGUGAGAUUGGUGUCCAGCAAUUUGCAGGCGCCGAACGACUGCCAGCAUCCGCUUUAACCCGUUUCAUGCUCGUAGUUGUUGUACACGGUCGACAUGUACUAGUACUGUACUUUGUGCGUUUCAAUGUCUGGUGGGGCCUGAAAGCGUGUGUGGUUGGCCCAGCGCCUGGACGCUGGCGCAGUGCGCACCAGGACUGAGUUCGGUAGCAUAGCGCUGAUGCUUUGUGCCAACGGUGAAUAAUGGUGCUCUAUGGUAUUGGAAUGCUUGUUCUGCACUGGCUUGCUUGAGCCUGUUGACAUGUGGACGCCGCCCUGCCUUCUGGUUGGGAACCUAGGGUUGGGCCUUCCGAAGUGGGCGGCUGCGCAGGAGAUGGCGACUGCAACAGCGCAUACGGUAUGCGCAGCGCGCUUGAGAGCUAGUCUGGCUGAUAUGGAAGAAGGGUCGGUAUAAAGCGUUGCAGCUGUGGAUACUGAAGUAGGAUUCGUGUCCUUCUCACAGGUCGACAUGGUGGCCGCGUGGCGUGUACGCGAGGAGUGUACGGCACUUGAGGGUGCAUUGCUACCCUUGCAGUGCGGCUCGUGCAAGGGUCGCGGUGUUUUGCUGCAUCCGGCAGACCGAUGGUUGCUGCUCGCCACGCAUUCGUUGGUCGCCUAGGGUCGCUUGGGCACUAGUCGAGUAUUGCUGAGAUAGGUUUGCAAUGCGAGACCUGCACGGAGCUGGAGAUGUGCGCUGACGGCCCUUGCCACCUUACCAGCAUUUCAAUCCAUGCAUUCCCUUGGCGGCUGUCAUCAUGCACAGGGUGGAGACUAUGACUGUUUGCUGGGGGAUCUGAUAUCCGCAUGUGCCCACUUGGAGUGUGCGUGCGCCUGUUCUUGGUCGCUUGCGAGAGGUAGGUGUCAUCGGAGGCGAGCGUGUAGUGUGUUUCAGCGCAUUUUGAAGGAGAUUAAUACCAGGGUGUACCCUGGGCAAUCUGGUAGCCGGUUUGUAGCGCAUCAAGGAGCUCUCAUGACGCGCGCGCCAAGCAAUGCUUACACCAGGCAUGGGGUACGGUACUUCCUGCACACGCACGUGCACGCAUACAAAGGAUUGCAGUGAAUGGAUUCAAGUAAAGUUGAUAGCAGUUGCAAUGACAGCAUGUGGCGCAUAUAAGUACCGCAUGUAUUCGGACUGCGCAUGCGGGCCGAUGAAUUUGAACUGCGGCGGAACCAUGCCCGUGUCAUCCCCAAUACGGACAUGCGUGGUUCCCUGCAUGCCAGCUUUUGGUACAUCAAGUGCAUCAAGUACGGCAUGUUUAAAGUCUGGUUGCCAGCUUGCUUACGACAUGUUUAAAGUCUGGUUGCCAGCUUUUGGUACAUCAAGUGCAUCAAGUACGGCAUGUUUAAAGUCUGUUUGGCGCCCGAUGGAUGGGCAUUCUGGUCUCCGGCUGGUUGGCGCCGAGUUGAUGAGCACUUGGUGCUGCUCUGCAGUCCCUCCCUCGUGCGUGCUGGCUGGGCUGGUUAGGCGAAUAUUUGGCUGGCUGAGGCGGUGUCAUAUUGGGGGCGGGACCCCUGUGCACGAUUGGAGCCGGAGAUGAGACGGUGGACAGGAUGCGGUGCGAUGCAAUGCGCACGGCUGAGGCUCGGAGCCAAGCGUGAGGGGGGCCUGUCGGCUCGGGUACUGUCGGGGCUGUAACGAAGGUAUGCA